CAAGAUGUCGGAUCGCUGUGAGAUCUGUGGAAUGAACUUCAUCGACGAAUACUCCUUCCAACGCCACAUCCUUAGCAAGAAGCACAUGAAAAAGCUGGAGAUCAGAAACGUGAAGCUAGAGCGCCAACAGCACUCGAUCUUUCUUGCCCCACUACCACCAUUUGCCACCCAUCAACUGUUGUUCAACUUCUUCUCCGAAUUCGGUGCGAUCCAACUAUACGACUUCAAUCCCCGAUAUCUGAUGAUAGAGUUCAAGGACAAAGCCACAGUGGAGUUCCUCCUAAGCCACCCGAUCUACUUGAAUCAGUGGAAAUUGAAUAUCAGUCCAAAGGCGAUUGAGCCAUGGAGGCCCAAGGAUUUCGGGCCGAGGCCGCAGAAAAAAAAAAUCCUCGAGGCUGAGCCGGAUAUGGAAACACGUGAAGCACUGAGAAAAUCACUGGCAUCAGAAAACGCAUUGGAAACUCAACUUCAAAAAUUCCUAUCUACCGUCCAACGAAACAAAGAGGAGAUGGCGCAGAUGGAAUCGAUAGUCUGCGCUUCUCUCGACAAAGCGAUGAAGCGGUCCUUCCCGAAAUGUGAAGUGAUACCUUUCGGCUCCUCUGUGACUGGUCUAGCACUCGUGGGCAGUGAUCUGGAUGUGUUCCUCGACAUCCGGGAGCCAAUCUUCGAGGACGAGGAGUCACAGUCCACCAGGCCCUCUGGCUGGACGCCCAAAGCCGUCUUCAGAGAGGUAAAGAGCUGUCUCUACAGGCACAGAACAAUCUUCUCGAAGAUUGUCCCCAUACCGCUGGCCAAGAUCCCAGUCAUCAAGUUCCAUCAUAUUCACAGUAUGAUAGACUGCGACGUCUCCUUCAAGUACGGCUUGGGCGUUCAUAACAGCCAGUUGAUAAAAUACUUAUUGUCCUUGGACAGUAGACUUCAACCCUUGGUAAUGAUUAUCAAAUACUGGGCGAAGACAAUGGAUAUCUCAGGCAGUCGAAAGAUCAACAAUUACUCCCUGGUCAUGCUGAUUAUCUUCUACCUCCAACAGCCAAGUGUCAAUCUGCUUCCUGCCAUCAAGGAACUACAGAAGGUAGACGAGAGGAUCUACUUCAAAAGUUGGCAGAUCAAUUUCAACAAGGAUUAUCCAUCAACGUCCAUGAACAAUUCCAGUUCCAUUCUCGAAUUGCUGGAGGGCUUCUUCAAGUUCUACUCAGACUUUAACUUCUUGGGUACCAUCAUUCGUCCACUGGAGGGAAAAAGUUUUCUCAGGAAGGAAUUCAAGAGGGAGAUGGUACAGAGAGGAGCUAAUGUUGAGAGUUUAAAGUUGACUAGGGAUGCUUGCCUUCAGGAUCCUAUUCAGCUGGAUCACAAUAUUAUCUCGGGGUGGAAGUUCAAAGAGGUUUACUAUUUGAAGUUCUCGUGUCUUCAGGCAAUAGAGGUUUAUCGUUCUCUCAGGGAGAGCCCACUGGAGAUUCUCCCCAAGCUGUUUGAUCCUGCACUCAGGGUGAAGUCGAAGCAAGCUAAACCCGUACAAUUUUCAAUUCUCGCUGGUAAGUUCGAGAGAUUUGGGCUUUCUGAGGACUUUGAGCAGAGUCACGUGGAUAAUAAGCAGGAGUUCAUUGAGACGAAUUGGUUGCGCACGAUUUAUAAAGUGAUGGAGUUGAUUUUUGAGAGGAUAUUGAAAUUUAAGGUUGAGAUUAUUUAUGACAAGGUUGGAGUCAAGCAGAUGAAAGUCGAGGAGGUAGAUGAUGUCCAUAGUAAAGACCGAAAUCAUGGUGAGGGAUCAAGAAUCAUGCUGAGGUGCUCGGGAAAGUAUUUCUUGAAUAGGGGGAGGAAGGGCAAGGGACAGUGUUUGGAUCCCAGCGUUAGUCCUAUUGAGAGGGAGGCCAGAAUCUCGGAGAAGAUUAUGGAGGAGAUGGUGGGCAAAGCUGUGGAGGAGCCGAUAAAAUUUGAAUGCCUUCUGGAGAAGAAGAGUAACCCAUUGGAGGCUAUUAUUCUUCUCACUGAUCAGCAAUGGAAUAAUCAGUCUUUUACGGAGAUCGCUGGAUUCAUAAAGGCUAGAAUGUGCAUUUGGGUGCAAAAGGAGCUCAUGCAUAUGACGCAGUUUAAGAAGAGUUUUAAUGAAGCUUGAAGGGAACAGUUGUGGGAAAAUUGAUGGUGUAGAUGGUAGGUUUUUAAGAUAGUUGGUCAUUUGGAGGGCAUACGUAAUACAAUAUUGAGAGAAAGGUAUGGGAAUUCUAGAAAUUAAUGGAUUGGAAAAAAACAUGUGGGAACGAUUUUUUUAAAGGAGUUUGCAAGUUUUUAAUGUUCUUUGCCUUGGUUCAUCGUCAAUCUACUAGUUUCUGUGAUAUUGAAAAUGUUUCUAAUUAGUUUAUCCACAUAUCCGAGACUCAUAUUUGGGCUCCUUUUGGUGAGAAAGAAUGAACCAUUGAAUACUUGGUAUUGUAACUGAUCCACAGUGAAAUAAUAAAUAAAAUCUUAUAUGGACGAUUUUAAACGUUUCCACAGAAUGGAAAGAAAAAUAGUGAAAAUAUUGACGGGUUUGAAUUUUUAAGACGUUUACGUUUACAAGUUAGUCAUAAGAAAAUAUCCGAUGAAAUGCUUUUGUAAUUUACACACAAUAUCAAGGUAUUUUGUAAACAAUUAAUUUACAUGAUAAAAUAUCAGAUCAUUUUUUCCUAAACUUCUAAUUUAUAGAAGUGUACGGAUUUCUUUCAAGGUCUGAAUUGGGAUAUUGGUAUUAUUAACAUGCAAAAUUGGGUGUUGAAAUGCAAGUGACUUCAAAAUAUAUAUAUUUUAGUUUGCAGAAUAUAUUCAUUUUGGUUUGAAAAAUAAAGAAAAAUCGAUAUUGAAUUAA